AUGUUUUUUUCAAGAUGGCUCAAGUCCAUGGUGUUGGGAGAAGAGAGUGACGUUAAGCCUGCUGCGGGUCCACAAGGCACGGCGUCAACGUCACCAGCAGCACCGGGAGCAACAGCAACAUUACCGGCAGCCACACAACCUAUCACUGUCCAGCCAACUCCCAGACCCGCCCCACACCCGCGCGAUGAAUACCCUCCCGUAUUCUCCCAGCGCUCGCUACGGCAGCUCAGCCUCUUCCUCGGCGGCGCGGGCUUCUUGUACUGCUCCGUUUUUCUUACCCGGCGGGCUAUCAUGCGACACCGCAUCGCGUCGCAGCUCAAGUUCUUCCAACCGAACUGGACGCGCGGCCACACGUCAGCCAACCCGCCCAAGCGCGGCGAUCCCCUGGUUGCUGUCGAGGCGCUCAACCUGGCUACGCUCAACACGGUCAGCUUUGCCAUUAUGAUGGCUGGCGGUAUUUCCUGGGCGUUCAACAUCUCGUCGCUGGAGGACCUGCGGGAGAUUACCCGUCGGUCGUUGGGCGGGGCCGCUGGAAUGACGGAUAUGGAGGCGGAGAAGGAGGUUGCUGCGUGGGUUGCGAAGACGUUGGGGCUGGAGUUGAAGGCGGAUUCAGCUGAGUCGGACGAGCCGAAGAAGUCUUGA